GAUUUCCUGUCUAUAGGGGAAGGGGGAAGUGCAUGGCCGGGGGGGGGGGGGGACACGACGCACAGGGGAUCCAGAGAGCCCAGCAGCAGGGUGCAGAGGCAGGCCGGGGCCGGGGGUGCGGAAUCUGCUGACGGAGGGGCCAGGCAGCGGAGUGGGGCUGGCCCUCCCCCCUCCCUCCCUGCUGUGUUGGCGGCCGGCUGGAGCCCUCUUCUCCCGUCAGCUCCAGGCGCAGCUGGAACUUGAGCCCUGGCAGAGGGGCCCCCCGGUUGUGCCCGGCAUGAUGGGGCAUCUGCCCAGAUAGGCCCUUCUUCCCCCUGGAGCCCUCGGCCAGGGAGCCUUCCUCCUCCUCCUCCUCCUCUUCCUCCGGCGACAUGCAGGACAAGCUGCGUAUCCUGGAAGACCUGAACAUGCUGUACAUCCGCCAGAUCGCCCUCAGCCUGGAGGGCACAGACAUCCAGAAGAAGAUCGACCAUGAGAUCCGCAUGCGCGAAGGAGCCUGCAAGCUUCUGGCGGCCUGCACCCAGCGCGAGCAGGCCCUGGAGGUCACCAAGAGCCUGCUGGUCUGCAACAGCCGCAUCCUGGCCUACAUGGCCGAACUGCAGCGCAUGAAAGAGGCCCAAGUCAUGCAGCGCGUGGCCCGGCGCCCUUCGGAUGCCGGUCCCACGGACGAUCGUUUGCCUUGUCGGGGCAAAGUCUCUAUCUCAGAUAUCCGGAUCCCCCUGAUGUGGAAGGACACGGAGUAUUUCAAAAACAAGGGAGAUGUCCCACACUUUUUUCUUGGCAGAUCUCUCUGCACCCACUGUGCCGUGUUUUGCUUGCUGCAGAUAGGCACAGAAAUCUAUGUUUCUGAGGAGAUGGUUCUGGUCAACCGGACCCUCACGGACAUUUGCUUCGAGAGCACCGUCCUCUUCACGGAGGCAGGUCCAGACUUCAGGCUGAAAGUGGCACAUACAGUGCAGGCCUGGAGGAAGACGCAGCCCUGGACAACACCCCGAAGAAACUUCAUGGUCGCCCUGAGCAGCUCCCUGGGGCGCUCGUCUGGGAGGCAGUCCGAGCAGCCCUGGAUAGAGGCGUGCCUGGCAACCCUGGCAACAGCAGGGGCAGCGGUCCCCCUCCUGCCGCCAGCUCCCUGUAUGGCAGGCCCCAAGUACCAGCUGCUGGCGUGCACCACCCUCCACCUGGCCGGCGUCCAGGAUGCCUUCCGGACCCACGAUCUUCGUCAUCACUGGCCACG